UUUUGUUUUGUAUUUGCUUGUCUUGUCAAAACUCAAAGGGUAUCCGUCAUAAAUUAAAUCAAGAGGAAGUAGGAACAUAUUUUGGAUUAAAUAAACGACAGUUAUUUUAAUUACCUACAUUAAUUAUUAAUCAAUAUCCCCAUCCAUACUUCCAAUUGUGAAAGGAAAAGCGAAAGUUAGUCUGUCUGUCUGUUUUCACGGACUUGGACCCACUUGGACUGGACCACUGAAUUGAUCUAAACGAAUUUUGGCAGAGUGUAAACUGUAAAACGUAGUGAUUUGGUAGAGUGAUAAAUGGGAACCUGAUGCCUGGAGCAGAACAAAUGCUACUUUUUAUCCCGAAAUAAUCUGUACCUGUCCUGCGGGAUUUAUAAAAACGGAUAUUCACGCAGACGGAGUAGACUUCAUAAUAUAAGUGAUUACAAAACUUAAGGGGUUUUAUUUAACUUUACUUGAUUUCAGAUAUCAGUCUGUGUGAAAAUCAAUAACUUGCACAUCCAAAAUAAGCAGUGAACAAGCUAAACAAUGGGAAGGCGUAAAAAAAAACCACACUGGAACCGCAACGCUAACCCAGGUAUUGAAACUGAUGACAGCAGACCUGGUUACAUACCAUAUCAAAAUUUCAACAACAAAUUCAGUUACAAUGCAGAUUUUCAACCCUAUAAUAGCAGUUAUUGUAACAAUUUGUCAACCAAUACCAGUCAAUAUCACAACAACUUUAACCAAAGCUUUCAACCACAUAAUAAUAAUACAUAUCUUGACUUCAGUGGACAGAAUAUUUCUUCGAGCAGAGACUUCAAUCCAAGAUUUCCGAGAAAUCUUAAUCAACGAAACUUUCAGAGAAAUGUACCACAAAACAGUAACAGCAAAGCCAGAAACUUUAAUAGAAAAACACCACGACCUACCAAUAAUAAUCCAAAUGCUCAAAGAAAUAUGCCACAAAAUGGAAAAUAUAAUAAAAUCCAUUUUCAAAGAAGUACUAUAUGUAACUAUGAUGCUGGAUGUGAUGACAGUAAUAUUCAAAAUUUUGCACAAAGUUCAAAUUAUGAUGAGAUGAAUACCCAAAGUAAUAAUGACCAUGAUAUUGACAUUCAAAUGAACACUCAAACUCCAAAUUACGAAGACACAGAUGUCCAAAUGAACACACAAAAUCCAUAUUACGAAGACACAGAUGUUCAAAUGAACACACAAAAUCCAAAUUAUAGUGGGACAAGUAUACCAUUUUAUAGGAUCAAUAAAAAAUUUAACCCACAGUUGGGUAAUCCAAAAACUGGUUACAGGAGAAACAGAGGAAGGAAAAAUAUGAGUUUUGUUGCAAGAUAUAACUGUGAAACUGAUAUUUUCAAUGAAAAAGGUUAUAUAAUAAGAGAGACUUUAUAUCGUGAUCCCAGUUUAUUUUAUGGUAACGAUGGCAGUGAUGAUGAGAAACAAAGUUUAAGCAAUGAAACAUCUGAUGAAACGUCAUACUGGCAAAAAUGUGUAGAUGCACACAAACCAGAAACACCUGUUAUGACACAAAGUAGUAAUGUUUCCAAGAGAAAUCAGAAUCAUGUGGAAAAGACUUUAAAUAGUAUGCUUGCAAAACCUGUAGAAAUGAGUAAAGGAAAAAGUUUACUACAAAAGAUGGGUUGGACGGGAGGUGGGCUCGGUAAAGAUGGUGAUGGGAUUGUUGAACCUAUAGCCCCCAAAGCUACUUAUGCUGUUAAUACUCUAGGCUUGGGUCAUGUGCCUGUACAAUCCGUACCCACUCAAAAAAGACAAAAGAAACUGCUGGUAUUUGCGGAGAUGAAAAAUAAAAAAUUAAAACACCCCGAGUUUCAGUGCAACUUUUAUACGAAUGUGCUGCAAUACAUUUUGGAGUUUGUCAAGAACGACCGGGAGAACAAACUGGAGUUUGAGCCGCGGUUGCGGAAAAUUGAAAGGAAAAGGAUACACCUGCUCGUUGAGAUGUUAAGGGAGAGUGACUCUUUGGAUGACUUCUACAGUUUUGAUAAUUUGAAGGACAAUCAUGUGAAGCUAGUACAGGACAUAUGGGUGCAUAAUUGCUACGAUCUGUGGACUGAAAGCGAGAACAAAUCAGCAAGGAGAGAACGUUGCCUUGGCCUAUACAAGGAAGCACCUGCGCACGUCUAUUUAGUAACGCCCGAGAAUUUGAAUGGAAACGACGAACAGACAGAUAUAAAUGACGAGGACCCCAAUAUUGCCAAUUUCAAUUUAGAAAAGGAUUCUGAUUAUGAUGAUUCUAAUACUGAUGAAGAGGAAGAUAUUAAAAAGGAUGUUCAAAACAUUAAUGGUAAAGGGAAAUUAUGUCAUCGUAAUGAUGUUAAAAAAAAACAAAACGCAAAAGAAAAGCAACUAAAUGAUAAAAUAGACAAUGAUGGAGUUGAUAUAAAAAAAGAAAAUGAUACCAAAAAUACAUUGAAUGUUGAACAAAAUGACAAAUCGGUGAAAUUGGAAGUCCCGUGUAGUGAAAAUGAAGAAAAAAAUAUUCAAGACAUUUCAGUUAAAGAAGAAAAUGUAGUUAAAGAAGUUAGCAAUAAGAAUAAUGAUGAGAAAUCAGAUGUUUGUAGCGUAGUUAACGAAAACGUGAAAAACGAGCAAAAUUUAGAAGACAAUGCUAGUAGCAAUAAAAAUAAUGAUGGUGAAACAGUUGUUUGUAGUGAAGUUUUUGAAAAUGUGAAUAAUGAACAAGAUUUAGAAUUAGAAGAAAAUCAAAAAGUUGAUGUUGGCAAUAAUUCAAAUAAUAACAGACAAGAUUAUAUAGAAGUCAUAAACAAAUCAACUGUAGAUAUAAAUGAACAUACCAUAAAAAUUGAGCAGAUAGAUAUUAUGGGUAAAAUAGUUGAGUAUUUUAAAGAAUUCUGUGAUGAUGAAAUAUAUAAAGAAUUUCGAUUCCUCGGACCGUUUGAUGAUGAAGAAGUUGAGAACAUAAAUAUGUUCUUCAAUAUAUGUUUGAAAUACGACCACAGUGAAUGUAAUGUAAAGACUGAAUUGAUGAAACUGUUUGAUGAUAAUUCACUCACUGUACUAGUGGAUAAUAAUGGAAAAAGUUUCAUAAAAAAAGGAACCAAUAAUCAAGAGUUACCAAAUGAGGACGAUGAAGAUGUUAUCUGUAUGGAUUAAUAAUAAUCAAAUUAGUACAUAAUUGAUGUAUUUACUUAAUAAUUAAUUUAUAAUUAGGUAUUUAUUGUUGGAUGUAAAUAGUAAAAUUUAUUGUAAGUUAUGGUUUAACAGUACAAUAAAAACCUUACAAUAACAAUAAAUAAUACAAAAGUUAAAGGAGAAUGUCUACCGGCCCAUACAACGUCUCGUAACCCAGGUAUACCCCGUAUAAAAGUGUAUGGAGAUGAUAAUAUGAUGUGAUAAAUAAAUAAAGAUCUGAUUAAAUAAUUGGAUUAAUAAAAGUAUGUUUCUUGAAGAAAAAUACAAUACUUUUUAUCACUCUUCUAGGUCAAAAUUUGAAGAUGUGUUUUUUUCUGUUACCAACAAGCUAACAAACAAGAAAACAAACAAACAAAUCAUGAGUCUUUAAAAAAUAUCGUGAAACCCAGGCUGUAUGAUCAACGAUCUUGGCUUGACCCGUUGUGGACAAAUUAAUAAUGAAAUCAUCACUAUCAACCCAUAUUCGGCUCACUGCUGAGCUCGAGUCUCCUCUCAGAAUGAGGGAGAUUAGGCCAAUAUUCCACCACGCUAGCCAAAUGUGGAUUGGCAGACUUCACACACGCGGAGAAUUGAGAAAUUCUCAGCCAGACCUGUACCAAUUAAGAAAACCUGAAUCGGCCCAGUCGGGGAUCGAACUCAAGACGUUCGUCUUGUAGUCAUAAAUCAAAAACUAUAUAAUAUAAUCACUUCGUUGUACGCGUACACGAGCUGUGUUUCUUUUCUUAAUUCUCUAAGUCUGCCAAUUCGCAUUGGACCAGCGUGGUCUAAGGCCUAACCCCUCUCAUUCUGAGGAGACUCGUGCUCAACAGUGAGCUGAAUAUGGGUUGUUAACGGAUGAUGAAUGAACCAUUGAAUUUGCCUGUAUCUCUCUGUCUUUAGUAUGUAGUUAGGCAGAGAUACAACGUGACUAUGAGACAUUAGACAUUUUUUAACAGAAACAACACUAAGAGUUCAGUCCAUUUAUUAUUUAUAUACCUACUUACAACAUGUUACAGAAGUAAACCUUAUUAUUAUAAUAAUUAUAUUUACUUAAUCUAUAUCUACCGAAUUAAUUAUUAAAGGGUAAAGUUUUGGUACAUAGUGUACUUCAUGGCAACCCUUCACUUGAGACAUUUGAAGGUUCAAAUUAAAUAGUGUGUUUCGAAGGGUUGCCACGAAGCUAAGUGACUGGCGACUGGGUAUAAAAUUUCUCAUAUUAUGCCGAGGAAAACAUGAAAAAAUUACAUUUUAUACAUAGACGGUUUAGGGUCUGGAUCCUCAGAACCCAUACAAACAAGUUUGGACAGACAGACAGUGUGAGUUUAGCUAUUUUUCAAUAGUAAAAGUGAUAUGAAAGCUAAAAUUCUAAAAUCAAUUAAAAAAAUUAUAAUUUA